GCUGAGGAUUAAAGCCCCUGUAGGCUCUGACACACACAUCACUCAGAGUAUUUGUCCUUUCUUUUAGCCUCAGUACCACUGGGUCGGCCGACAAGAUGUGAGGUACCCUCUGGUGCUGCACGAACCAGAUCCAAAGCUCUUCGGAGAGAGAAAAGAGGAAUUAGCAAGUCUAUCCAGGGCUGACAUCAAAAUGCACUUUUGUUUUUAAUAACCAACUGCGACUCAGCUGACUUAUUUGGGGGAAGAAGCCCUGUGGGCUUACCCUUGGAGUCACCACCUCCUGUGAGGCCAGCCAUCCCCAAAUGUCCCUACGAUGAAGAAAGGACAUGGAUUUUUAAGGAUUUCUUGGAGUUAUAUGGCUCUGUUGUAGCCAUAUUUGACCUAGAGAUGUGUCUGUGAGUCAUAUGAAGAGGUCACCUAUGAUAAGGUAGACUCGCCCCUUAAAGAUGCUGACUCCAUCCUGAGAAGCAGGAGCACCUCACACACCAGUUCACACCUCUCGAGGGGCGAGGGGCUCACCGGCCUUUUCUCACAGACAGCUGCAGUCCUCAGCCUCAGCUUCAGUCACCUCCACAGCGAGACUCCGUGUUCUGGGCACUUUGGGCCUCCCCAGCUUUGCCUCUCAACUUCCCACCUUUGGUUUAUACUCUGAAACAGGACGGGGCUGAUCUCUUCCACGGGCUCCCCACCGCCUCCUGAGAUUCAGGAGAAUAUGAAAGUGUUACUCAGGCUUUGUUUCAUAGCUGUACUGAUUUCUUCUCUGGAAGCCGAUACUUGUGAGGAGCGUGAAGAAAAAGUAGUUUUAGUUUCAUCUGCGUAUGAAAUUGAUGUUCGUUCAUGUCUUCUUAACCCGAAUGAAAAGAAAGGCACUAUAAUUUGGUAUAAAAAUGACAGCAAGACACCUAUAUCUAUGGAAGUAGACUCCAGGAUUCAUCAGCACAAAGAUAAACUUUGGUUUGUUCCCGCUAAGGUAGAGGAUUCGGGACAUUACUAUUGUGCAGUAAGAAAUUCAACUUACUGCCUCAAAAUUAAAAUAGCUAUUAAGUUUGUGCAGCAUGAACCUAACUUGUGUUACAAUGCAGAAGCUAUAUUUACACAGAAACUACCCAUUGCAAGAGAUGGACAACUUGUGUGUCCUUAUUUGGAUUUUUUUAGAGACGAAAAGCAUGAGUUACCCAAAAUACAGUGGCAUAAGGAUUGCAAACCUCUACUACUUGACAAUGUGAACUUUACUGGACUGACAAAUAGACUCAUCAUGACGAAUGUGACUGCAGCACAUAAGGGGAACUAUACUUGUCAAGCAUCCUAUACAUACUUGGGAAAGCAGUAUCGUAUUACCCGGGUUAUAGAACUUCUCACUCUAGAGGAAGACAAGCCUGUGAAGCCUAUAAUUGUGAGUCCAACUAAUGAGACAAUGGAAGCAAGUCUGGGAUCCAGGCUACAGUUGAUCUGCAAUGUCAGUGGCCAGUUGAGUGACUUUGUCUACUGGAAGUGGAAUGGGUCAUUAAUUGAUGAAGACGACCCAGUGUUGGUGGAGGAUUAUUUGCCAGUGGAAAAUCCUUCAACCAAAAGAAAGAACACAAUCAUCACAGUACUUAAUAUUUCAGAAGUGGAAAGUAGAUUUUAUCUAUAUCCAUUUACCUGUGUAGCCAAGAAUACAGAUGGUGUAAAUUCAGCAUAUAUCCAAUUGAUACAUCCAGUCCCUGAUUUCAAGAAGCACACAAUUGGUGUGUUUGUCAUGUUAACUCUAGUAAUUACAUGCUCUGUUUUCAUCUACAAAAUCUUCAAGGUUGACAUUGUGCUUUGGUACAGGGAUUCUUGCUAUGAUUUUCUCCCUCCAAAAGCUUCAGAUGGAAAGACCUAUGAUGCAUAUAUACUAUAUCCAAAGACCCUUGGGGAAGGGUCCACCUCGAACUCAGAUAUUUUUGUGUUUAAAGUCUUGCCUGAGGUCUUGGAAAAACAGUGUGGAUAUAAGCUGUUCAUUUAUGGAAGGGACGCCUAUGUUGGGGAAGACAUUGUUGACGUCACUAAUGAAAACAUAAAGAAAAGCAGAAGACUGAUCAUCGUUUUGGUCCCAGAGGCAUCAGGAUUGGGCUGGCUGGAGAAUUCAUCCGAAGAGCAGAUAGCAAUGUACAAUGCUUUCAUUCAGGAUGGGAUUAAAGUUGUCCUGCUUGAACUGGAGACGAUCCAAGACUAUGAGAAAAUGCCAGAAACCAUUAAAUUCAUUAAGCGGAAACAUGGGGCCAUACGCUGGUCAGGGGACUUUAGAGAGGGCGUGCAGUCUGCAAAGACAAGGUUCUGGAAGAAUGUCAGGUACCACAUGCCCGUCCAGCGGCAGCCACCUUCAUCCAAACACCAGUUACUGUCCUUGGCCAUGAGACCAGACUCGAAGAAAAAGCUUCAGAGGGAGGUGCAUGUGCCUCUCGGGUAGCAGGGAGAAGCUUGGCCAAGAGUUCCUUGGGUGACUCCUGUCUUCUGGCAUUGCAGGCCAGGCUGUGCCCUCACUGACUGUACAGUCAUAAAAUGCACGUGUAGCGUCUCUUAUCCUUGAGGUCACCUGGAAUCGGAUUGCUCAGGGAGCAGGAUGUGGUGACAAUAGCAGGUCAGGGCAAUUCAGAACCGAGAGCUUGGCAGUCCUUUUUAAAAGGCAACAAAUGCCCUGUCCAAAUGUUUGAACUGCUGAGAACAGGCACCAGGACAGCAAAUGAGGGGAAAGAACAAUCAGGAAAUAUUUAUCAUCUAUAAAUGUUUUUAUGGAGCUGUCCACAGUCCAAGGAGGGCGGCUGUGACCCAGCCCCCGGGGAUAGCAUGGUCACUGGCCCCCCCAGAGGCUUUCCUUGGCAGUGCUGCAGGCAAAGUGAGACUGGUAUUUCACAGAGGAGGGAAGAAGUAUGCUUGGAGAACUUACCAUUUGCUUCGCAUUUUCCCUACCCAUCAACAGCCAGCAGUCUGUUUCCAGAGACUGAAUUUCAUUUCACAGCCCUUUAAAAUUCUCAUUUCGGUGAAAAAAGGAUUGCAUGUUUUUGAAAUCACCUUAGCUUUCUGCUGGAGAGAGGGCAUUUCAAAAGCAGGAGUAGCAGAGAAUAGAUCCACUCUGGACGCCUUCCCCCCUGGAGUGACCCUUCUGUAGCACCUUCCUCUUGUGCAUUCCACUUGACUCAUCAUGUCUUUGGAAGGACAGCUUCCCAAUCCCUUCCUCCUCCCUCUCUGUCACACACCUGGCCCACGGAUUGGCCUUCCUUCAUAAAAUGCUGCUCCAAGCUCCUCUUGUUCCUACUGAAAACACCUCUCCCGGUUUAGGACCUAAAGCCCAAUUAUGCAUUUGCAUUUCCCCACUGCUGCCCCCAAACCCCCAGUCUGUCCGCACAGCUGUGCCCCUCCUCACUGUCCUGCUCUGUGAACUCCCAGGUCGGCCUUUGCACACUUCCACACCUGCCCCUAGUGUUCCUUCAUCUCUGCUUCUCCUUCCAGUCUCCUCCGACCAGAAUGUCUUCUGGAAUUUUCUCCAACCCCCCAGAGUUGUAUGAAAUUCAAAAUUUACCCCAACUCUGUUUCUCUAAGAGAUUUCCCCAAGAAACUGCCCUGAGACACCUGCUCUCUGCUCUCAGUCUGAUGGCACUUAGUCUGCUGGCCGUCACUUUAUGAGAAGGUGGUUAUGUGUCCCAACUAGAGAGACCCUGCUCUCUGCAGGAGGGGCUGUCUCUUGUAGUCUGCGGUGGCUUCACGAGUAAUUAGCACAUGUGACCUAGAUUUGUGUGGGGCUUUCUUGUUGAAAACUGUCCACAGAUUCUCAUAUUUAAGUUUUACAAUCAUCCUAAUUUUAUAGAGAAAAGAAGUGACCUGUUUUUUGUUUUGUUUUGUUUUUGUUUGUUUUUUGUUUUUUAAAUCACGCUUAGUGCUGUCAGACGUAGGGCUUCUAGCUCCGUCGCUGGCUUCUUAGUGCAGUGUCCUGAACGCUUGACUUCAGGUCAUCGAGUGUCCCCUUCGCCCCUACCCUGGCACUUUUGUGAGAAGAAAUGACUGUUUUGUGAGAUGGUGGCUGAGUCUAGAGAUGCUUUCUUUAAGAAACCAAAUUCUAAACUUUUGAGUGUUGGAAUUUACAAAAAUUGUUUCGAGUUUACAGAAAAUGUUUCUGCUGUCAUAUGCUCUUUCCCAAAAGGUAGAUAUUUCUUAGUGAAUUAAAAAUGAAAGCAAGUUGCUGUUUUGGUCUAGGACACGGUUUUUUAGAACAUGAUGAUAGUCCUUAGAGAAACCCUGGAAAACUGCAAAGCCAAGUUCAUGUGCCAUUUGCUGAGGGGCACGGGCACCAUUUUUAGAAGUUGAAUGAACAUGGACAGGCCCUAUGUUUUUUUUUUAUUUUUUAUGCUUAAUGCUAUGGGUGAACACAGUCUUAUAUAGCAUAUUUUUUCCCCCUGAAAGCAGUUAGAGCCAGACAGAAACAGAGUUGAAUGCUUUGCCUCUUCUCCUUCUACCUGCUUUUUCUUAAAGCCAAUCUGACAGCAUUGCGUAAUAGUGCUGUUUUGAGACUGUUGUUGUUGUUGUUGUUGUUGUUGUUGUUUUUAAAAAACUGCCUUAUCUUUAUUUGCCAGCAUAUACACGAACUGUAGCCAGAAGUCUGUGGGGCUCGGGCGGGAGGGCUGUUAUGCCCCCAAAAGGCCUAUCAGAUGCUUAAAACGUAUUAUGUUGCUGAUCAUUUUUAGUCUGUCAUCUGUAAAAUAUACUUGCUGUGUAGUGUCACGAAAGCCAAUUCAGGACAUUAGACUUAGCAGCAAAGUUGGCCAGAAAGUAAGGAGCGGGGAGAACAACCAAGAAUUACCAGCGGCAUUUGCACCUGGAAUUUCUGGAGGGACAAGAAUCAGGGGAUGUGCCCUGGGACCAGGAGGAGCCCCAACCGGAAAGUGCAUGUCGCCUGUCACUCCCAGUCCUUCCAGGGGGGAUUCCGAGGGAAGGCGCUACACUCCUAGUUCCCUGGGAACUUCCUUUGUUUUAUUGUUUGCCCUGAAAACGUCUUUUAAGCUCUUCCUUUCAGGCCUUUCCCAUUAAUUAGAUUUUACUGCAUUAUCUGAUGGUAAUUUUUUUUUGUUUGUGUGAGUGUUUAAAGGAGAGUUUGCCAUAAAGCAUUUCGCUUCCAGUUGUCAAAAACUGGCUUAGCAGAAUUUAUAUCUUCCUUCUUCCACCUCCCUUUGUUUAUUUGCAAUAACAGAAAAGGUAGUGAGCCAUUUUUCUCAGUGGUAUUUUUGAUAAAUUAUAUUUUUAUUGGUUAAUGAUGAAGGGUUUUUAAAAACGUGUUUGUACAAUUCUAAGCAGAUACCAAGUAUUUUUAUAUAGUAAAACACCAGAUUCAUGUACAGCAUGUAUCACUGACCGAUGGACUGUACUUGUUUUCCAAUAAAAUUGGCAAAAGCUGGUA